CUGCCCAGUGUGUGCUAGAGGUCAGCCGGGGAGGGCCGGCGGCCCAUGAGCACAGCCCUCCGGCCCGGUGUGGCCUCGGCCCAUGAAGAGCUGCCCGCGGCUCUGAAGUGACGGCCCCAUGGCGGGGGCAGCGGCCCCCUGAGACGCCAUGCACCCCCAGCCCUGCCCAGCCUCCCGGGGCCGGCCGGGCCUGCGGGGCUGAGGCCGCCCCACCAUGCUUCAGGAGCGAGAGCUGCCCUGCGGGCCCGGCCUGCCCUGCGAGAAGCGCUACUUCCCGGACUCCCUGGACUCAAGCGAUGCUGACGAUGAGGGCGCCCUGGCCUGCGAGGACCUGGAGAUCAACCCCUUCGAUGGGCUGCCCUACUCGUCCCGCUACUACAAGCUCCUGAAGGAGAGGGAAGGCCUGGCCGUGUGGAAGGACAAGUAUCCCUUCAUGGAGAGCCUGAUCCAGAGCCAGGUGGUCAUCGUGGCCGGAGACGCCAAGUGCGGCAAGAGCUCGCAGGUGCCUCAGUGGUGUGCCGAAUACUGCCUGUCGGCGCACUACCAGCACGGGGGCGUGGUGUGCACCCAGGCGCACAAGCAGACCGCCGUCCAGCUGGCCCUGCGGGUGGCCGACGAGAUGGACGUCAUCAUCGGACACGAAGUCGGCUACGCCAUCCCUUUUGAGAACUGCUGCACCAACGAGACCAUCUUGAGGUACUGCACUGACGAGGUCCUGCAAAGAGAGAUGAUGUCGAUCCCUUUCCUGGGUUGCUACGGAGUCAUCAUUCUGGAUGACGUGCACGAGAGGAGCAUCUCGACGGACGUGUUGCUGGGACUGUUAAAGGACGUUUUGCUGGCGAGGCCUGAGCUGAAGCUCGUGAUCAUCACGUCGCCUCCGCUGGUCAGCAAGCUCAGCUCUUACUACGGGAACGUGCCUCUCCUAGAAGUGAGGAAUCCCCACCCCGUGGAGGUGGUGCACCUGCGGGGGGCUCCCGAGGACCCCCUCAUGGCUGUUCUGCAGCUCGUCUUUGAAAUCCAUCACACUGGAGAGAAGGGCGACAUCGUGGUCUUUUUGGCUUGUGAGCAAGAAAUUGAAAAAGUCUAUGAAAUUGUCUGUCAAGAAGGAUCUAAUUUAAACCCAGGUCUUGGGGAGUUGAUUGUUGUCCCUUUAUAUCCAAAAGAAAAAUGCCUCGUGUUCAAGCCAAAUGAAGACCCAGACAAAAGAAGCCAAGUUUACCAAAGAAAAGUGGUGCUAACCACCAGCGCCGGGGAGUCUCUGGUCCAGAGCAGCUCAGUGCGCUUCGUGAUUGACCUGGGGCUGGAGAGGAGGAAGGUGUACAGGCCUAGAAUCAGAGCCAGCUCCCUCGUCCUGCAGCCCAUCAGCCAGAACCAGGCCGACAUCCGCAAACAGAUCCUGGGCACGACUUCCUCAGGCAAACUGUUCCGCCUGUACUCCGAGGAGUUCCUGUGCAGGGACAUGAAGCCGCUGAAGGCCGCAGAGUUACAGGAGGCCAACCUGACGAGCCUGGUGCUCUUCCUGAAGAGGAUUGACAUCGCGGGCCUGGGCCACUGUGACUUCCUGAGCAGACCAGCUCCUGAAAGUCUGAUGCAGGCCUUAGAGGACCUGGACUACCUGGCGGCCCUCGACAACGACGGCAACCUUUCCGAAUUCGGCAUCAUCAUGUCCGAGUUCCCCCUGGAUCCGAAGCUGUCCAAGGCUAUUCUGGCGUCCUGCGAAUUCGACUGUGUCGACGAGCUGCUCACCAUCGCCGCCAUGGUCACAGCUCCGGACUGCUUCCUGCCCGUGCCGCGCACCGGAGCCCAGGAGGCCGCCUGGCAGAGGAGGACCAAACUUCUGCACCCGGAAGGCGACCACCUGACUCUGAUCAACGUCUACAAGGCUUACCAGGAAGCCAGCGAGAGCUGCGUGGAGAAAUGGUGCAGCGACCACUUCCUGAGCCACACAGCCCUGAGGAUGGCAGAGAGCAUCCGAGACGAGCUCCUGGACAUCAUGCGGAGGAUCGAGCUCCCCUACUCGGAGCCUGCUUUUGGCUCCGAGGAAAACACCCGCAACAUCAAGAAGGCUCUCGUGGCCGGUUACUUCAUGCAGAUCGCUCGCGACGUUGACGGAUCAGGAAACUACCUGAUGCUGACCCACAAGCAGGUGGCUCAGCUGCACCCCAUUUCGUGCUACUACACCAUGAAGCACUUCCCAGAGUGGGUGGUCUUCCACUCGUUCAACAUAUCCGAGAACAACUAUAUCCAGAUCAUCUCUGAAAUCUCCCCAGAGCUAUUUAUGGAGCUGGCACCGCAGUAUUUCUUCAGCAACCUGCCUCCGAGUGAAAGCAAGGACAUUCUGCAGCAAGUCAUCAACCACUUGGCACCCAUUUCCACAGCGAAGAAGGAACCGAAAAACAAAGAGAAGCUCUGCGAAGAGUGCCCUGAAGCUUCUGCUGAAGCAAGAUGUGUUAUCCAAUGACUUUUUUACCUUAAUUCUAUUCAGUACCCACUGAAACAGGAUGUGCAAUAAACGCCCCAAAGUUAAUCACUGUAACGGUUUGUCAACGCGAAAGAUGUGCCGAGAUUUCAGAGGCGGCACGAGGAAGCGCGAGGCCAAGAUCACUUUGUACAUCGUUAAAGCAACCAGAAUAAACAGUUGUUGCUGUUUUUAAAUUCCUAA